AUGGAUAAUAAGGUGUCGCGCUCCAUUUUUAGUUGCAGAGCGCUUGUUGUUCUCAAAUUGGAAAGGAGAUCUUUUGAAGAAGACUUCUAUACUUUUGACUUUCCCUCUCUUAAAUCUUUGCAUAUGAUUGGAGGUUCUUUUCUUGGAAAUCGUUGUCUUGUGAAGCUUCUUAACGGAUGCCCUAUUCUUAAGGAUUUGAAAGUACUUCAUGUACAUUUUGCGAGCACUUCAUUUGAGGGUGAAUCUAUAAGCUUACCUAAGUUGAUGAGUGCAAAUAUCUCUGUAAUGUAUGAAGAUAAUGAUAAUAUUCCCCUGGAAGCGUUAUCCAAUGUGGAUUUUCUUCAUUUGAACCAGUUCAUAAGUAACAAGGUUCAUGUGGUUUCCAAUUUAACUUGCUUGGUGAUUAAAUAUCCGUCUUGGUCUUUUGUAUUGGACAUGCUCAAGAAUUGCCCCAAGCUUCAAAGUCUUCUAGUAGUUGAAUACCCUGAAAUUUUUCUUGAUGAAGAUGUGUGUUAUCCAGAUGUUGUUCCCGAUUGUCCUUCUUGUACAACAUACGCGUUCUACUACUAG